AUGCUUGCUUGGCAGGCAGAUUCUGUCAAAGGUUGGCUGCUGCAACUGCUUCUCCUCCUCACAGCCUGGGAAAUGGGGAGUGGCCAGCUCCAAUAUUCUGUCCCUGAGGAAUCCCAGCACGGCACUUUUGUGGGCCGCAUUGCCCAGGACCUGGGGCUGGAAGUGAGUGAGCUGGUGCCUCGGAUGUUCCGGAUGCUCUCCAAAGGACGUGGGGACUAUUUUGAGGUAAAUGUACAGAAUGGAAUUUUGUUUGUGAAUUCUCAGAUAGACAGGGAGGAGCUGUGUGCUGAGAGUGUGGUGUGCAUCAUUCAUCUGGAGGCGCUUGUGGACAAACCCUUGAGAGUUUUCCAUGUACAAGUGGAGAUUGUAGACAUCAAUGACAAUGCCCCUGUUUUCCCUCUAACAGAGAAACAUCUUGCUGUUGCAGAAUCUAGCGUUCGUGAUGCACAGUUUCCUCUAGAGGGAGCUUCUGAUGCAGAUAUCAAUGCAAACUCUUUGCUCACCUAUAAACUUAGCCCAAAUCUACAUUUUACUCUAGAAGUUACGGAAAGUCAUGAGCAUAGUGCAUCUUUGUUCCUUGUUCUAAUGAAGCCUCUAGACCGAGAAGAAAGUGCUGCCCACCAUUUAUUACUCACAGCUACUGAUGGAGGCCAGCCACAGCUCACCGGCACAGUACAGCUGUUAAUCAAAGUUUUGGAUGCAAAUGAUAAUUCUCCUGCAUUUAACCAGUCAGUAUACAAAGUCCAGUUAUUUGAAAACUCAAACAGUGGACUAUUAGCAAUUAGGCUAAAUGCUAUUGACUUGGAUGAGGGAGCAAAUAGAGAAGUUUCAUAUAUAUCAAGCAGUUUUUCUCCUCCAAAUGGGAAAGAAAAAUUUGUCCUUGAUCAAGAGACUGGGGAGAUCCAUGUGAAAGGAGAUAUAGAUUUUGAAGACAGGAAUUUCUAUGAAAUACAAGUGGAAGCACAGGAUAAGGGAAGUCCUCCACUAUCUGGACACUGCAAAGUUCUGAUUGAGGUUUUGGAUGUGAAUGACAAUGCUCCUGAAGUGACUGUGUCGUCCUUGUCAGUGCCUGUGCCUGAGAACUCUCCACCGGGGACAGUGGUGGCCCUCAUCAGUAUCUCAGACAGGGACUCUGGGGCCAAUGGGCAAGUGACCUGUUCAAUGUGGCCCUCUGGGCUCCCUUUCAAGCUGACAUCCACCUUCAAGAAUUACUACUCACUCGUACUGGCUAAGCCACUGGACCGGGAGCAGGUGGCUGAGUAUAGUUUGGUGGUGUUUGCCCAAGACCAAGGGGACCCUCCACUGUCAGCCAGCAGCAGCCUGGUGGUGCCAAUCAGUGAUGUGAAUGACAACGCACCCACUUUUGCACAACCCUCCUAUACUGUUUUCGUGAAGGAGAACAACCCACCUGGUGCUCACAUCUUCACGGUGUCUGCCUCGGACCCAGAUGUGGCGGAGAAUGCCUUGGUCAGCUACUGGCUGGAUGAGAAGCUCUGGCCGCUGUCAAGCUACAUCUCGGUGCAUUCGGAGAGUGGGAAGCUGUAUGCCCUGCAGCCCUUGGAUUACGAGGAGGUGAAGCUGCUGGAGUUCCAGGUGAGGGCCAAGGAUGCGGGACUGCCCUCCUUGUGUGGCAACGUGACUGUCCAGGUCUUUGUGUUGGAUGAGAAUGACAACACACCUGCAGUGUUUGGUCCAGCUGAGGAUACCCCCACUCUGCUGAAGGUUCCAGUGGCAGCUGGGCAUGUGGUGGGCAAGAUCCAUGCCCUGGACGCUGACUCUGGCUACAAUGCCUGGCUUCGCUACGAGUUGUAUGAUGCAACCAGCAGCCCCUGGCGGGUGGGGCUUUACAGUGGUGAGAUCAGUACUGCACGUGCUCUGGAGGAGGCAGAGGGCAGCAACAUCCAGAGUCUGCUUGUUCUAGUGAAGGAUCAUGGCAAGCCGGUACUGUCAACCACAGCCACCUUCAGUGUGUCACUGGUGGCCAGCGCCCAGGCUGCCCAGACUGAUGCCCGCCUCUCUAGGAUGGGAGGGAGCGCAAAGCCCCUGGCAGACACCGCCAAUCUCUACCUGAUCAUCGCCAUCUGCUCGGUGUCCAGCUUGUUCCUGCUGGUGAUCCUCGUGUAUGUGGCACUGCGAUGCCAGAGCCAGGCCAAGGAGGCAAUGAUGUAUGGUCCUGGCACAGCCACGCUGGUGUGUGCCAGUGAAGUGGGCAGCUGGUCGUAUUCCAAUCGCCACAGCCACAUCCUGGCAGGGGUGAGUGGGGAGCCUGGUGCCAAAAAUGACCUCAUGGUGUUCAGCCCCAACAUUCCUGUCUUGACUGAGAGUGGGAAGGAGCUGGUCCCGAAUGCUGCUGGGCAGAUCAAAGCCCCUCCCAGCCACACAAGUAAGAACAAGAGACUGUACGAGGAAGAUGGAAUGGAUACUGCAACAUUUCUCACCAUUUAA